UCAUCUAGAUCUUUGUGACCAUGCACAUCAAAGGAAAAGUUGCCAUAAUUACCGGCGGUGCAGGUGCUCUUGGACAAGCAAUGGCCAGAGCUUUGUUGGAGAAAGAAGCCAAGGUGUGUAUCUUUGACAUCCAUGCUGACAGAGGUGCUGAGAUAGAGUCUUCACUACAGAGUCAGUUCGGAGGAGACAAAGUGUCUUUCUCGCUGUGCGAUGUAACUGACGAAAAGGGUUUUAAAGAGACCUUCGACGGCGUCGCGACACGUUAUGGACAGGUGGACAUCAUGAUCAAUAAUGCAGCCGUCAUCAACGAGAAGAUAGACAUUGACAAGAUGCUGAUGGUUAACCUG